AUGCAAAAAUUCGUGUUGGUAGCCCUUGCUCUUGUCGCCGUGGCGGCCGCUGCGCCCCAACAAGCUGCCCCAGAACCGAUCUACAUACUCAAACACGACGCCAUUGUCAACCCAGACGGAUACAACUUUGAGUUUGAGACCAGCGAUGGCACCCAGCGUCAAGAAAGCGGUACACUUAAGCAAAUUUCUGAAGACGUCAAGGCGCUUGCAGUGCAAGGCAGCUACAAAUACGCAGCCCCCGACGGACUUAUUUACACCGUGACCUACGUGGCUGACGAACACGGCUUCCAGCCCCAGGAACGCGUCGAACACCCCGGACAAUAA